AUGAAAGAGUUAAGAGAAUAUCUCCAAAAUAAUAAUUUACCAUUAUAUGUCUGGAUUGGCGAAGAUGGAAUCAUAAUUGCAAACAAAGUUCAAUACAAUAAAGAAAAUCACAGCAUAAUUGGAUUUGUAAGUCCUUUCGACAACACAGCUUUUCCAAAAAAAAAUUCAUAUCUUAUCACAAAUUCAGCUACUAUUCAAAGUUAUUCUGAAAAUUCUUCUCAAGCUAAACUUGCCUAUGUUAUUAUGGCACAACCAUUAAAAGAUCGUAAAGCUUCAUUUGUACUUAAUUUGUUUGGAACAAAUAGAUUUACUUACGAAGAGGUUCUUAAAAGAUGGGACUUCUUAGGAAAAUAA